AUGAUCAUCGACUUCUUCUGCACCGCCGUUUUAGACAUCACCGCCGAUUUCACUUUCCCUGUCUACUACUUCUUCACCUCCGGAGCCGCCUGUCUCGCCUCCUUCUUCCAUCUCCCAACUCUCCACGAAACAACCGCCGGAAAAAACCUCAAAGACGUCCACACGUUACUCAGCAUACCAGGGGUUCCUCCGAUAAAAGGCUCCGAUAUGCCUAAACCGCUGCUCGAACGCGAAGAUGAGGUUUACGAUGCUUUUAUAUUGUUCUCUAAACAGCUCUCAAACUCUUCAGGGAUCAUUAUCAACACCUUUGAGGCAUUAGAAAACAGAGCCAUCAAGGCCAUAACAGAGGAUAUCUGUUUUCGCAAUAUUUAUCCGAUUGGUCCGCUCAUUGUAAAUGGAAGAACCGGAGAUAACCAUGACGACAAUACAGACUCUUGCCUGAGUUGGCUCGAUUCACAACCGGAACAGAGUGUUGUGUUCUUCUGUUUUGGGAGCUUGGGAUUGUUCUCCGAGGAACAAGUGAAGGAGAUUGCUAUUGGUUUAGAGAGAAGUGAGCAGAGAUUCUUGUGGGUGGUCCGUAAUCCACCCGGGUUAGGAAACCAAACAGAACCGGACUUAAAAUCUCUCUUACCAGAAGGAUUCUUAGACCGAACCGGAAACAAGGGAAUGGUGGUCAAAUCAUGGGCUCCGCAAGUUCCGGUUCUAAAUCAUAAGGCCAUCGGUGGAUUCGUUACUCAUUGUGGCUGGAAUUCCAUUCUUGAAUCCGUUUGCGCCGGCGUACCAAUGGUGGCUUGGCCGUUAUACGCUGAGCAAAGGUUUAACAGAGUGGUGAUUGUUGAGGAGAUCAAGAUUGCGAUUCCGAUGAAUGAAUCGGAGACAGGUUUCGUGAGCUCGACGGAGGUGGAGAAACGAGUCUCCGAGAUAGUGCAGGAAGGUCCGGUUAGGGAGAAAACCAAGGCGAUGAAGAACGCAGCCAAAUCAGCCUUGACAGAAACCGGUUCGUCUCAUGCCGCGUUGACUGAGUUACUCCAGUCGUGGAGCCCAAAACGGUCUUAUUAG